AUGGCGGUCAAGACGCAACUUAUUUGUCCGUCUGGCCCGCAAAUCGCCGUGGAUGGCGGCAACUACCAGUGGGAGAGCAUAGAAAUGAUCCUCAAAGUUGCAACAUCCCACCGCGAUUCGUUAGAGCGGUCCUAUGAAUCUAGCAUUCAGAUCGUUCACCGUGAGACGGGAGGAUUCCCAUUCAUCUACUUCCUCCGGAAUGACGUUCAGAACGCUCUGAUACAGCGGAUAGCAACUGACAUUUGCAGUGGUCGAACACCAUUGUUGAAUGUUGAGAGUUUCUUGACAUGUGAGAAGCAGGCAAUCAAGGUAUUCAUUACAGAGGCGAGACCGCAAGAGACUGUUAUAACAUGUAUCUCGGACAUUCACAAAAGCAGUCAAGCCGAUGGUUAUGUCAUCUAUCUUCUUCGGGCCCUCCUUGUUUAUCGAAUACUCAUCCUAACAUUAAGCAGACGAUGGAACGUCCAAUAUUGUCUCCAUCAUCCUCUUCGAGACCCGGUGGCUGUACCAUAUCUGGCCAAAAGCAUUCCGUCACGUCUUGCAGAAUGGGGUUACGUUGAUGUGUCGUUGCUAUUCACUUGUCUGUCUUUUUACUAUCAAGGAUUGUCUCCGCAGCAAUUGAAACAGAGUCUGGAGCAGGAUGAUCUGAAAGGACUGUCGCACACCAAUUCCGAAGUGCUGACUUAUCUGUUGCAAGAUCCGAACCGAGAAUACAGCCUUGCGGGUUGGAGAGACAACUCUCAUGGACAAGCUGUCUACCGGAGAAUGACCGAGCCCGAACUUUUAGGGAAGCUAUGUCAUGAAAGAAUCCGCGUAUUGAUCGACUCUGGCGAGUCGCUUUUGGAGAUGACAAAUGUCACGCUAGCGAAGAUAUGGCUUGACAUCGACACGGAGGCGACAGCUGCUGUGUUCUUUGACGGCGAGAACAAGGCCAUGAUUUUGACUCGAUCUGGGAGGAAGAUUCCCUUGCUAGCUUCACCAUUCGCAGAUGAUCUGAGUGGCUGUCUGGUUUAUCUGGACGAAUCUCACACCCGGGCCACAGACAUAAGUUCCCACCUAUGGUUCGGGGCGCAUUGA